AUGUCGUCCGCAAAUAGCCUGUCUCACCGCCGAACGCAUAAUCUGCUUCUGAUAUCAAAGCUACUGAGCCUGCGGGACACAGCUUCCCCGCUGACCCUGGUACUGGACUCGCUGGAGCAGCCAGCCAACCCCUUGUUCAGAGAGUAUAUACGACGAGCACAGAUUUCAAAAGUCCACAUCACAUUUAUCUCAUUUGAGACAUUAAAGAAGCCCAAUGGUGUCGAUUCCUUCAUUUUUGCGCGACGGAAAAGGCCUGCUGAUGUGGCCAAAGAAGUGAUUGCUGCUUUCUCUGGCAAUUCACACCGACGGCGGCUGAUUAUUAUCGAUGCUAUCAAUGCCCUUCUUAGUAAACCGGAUGUCCAUCUGCCAUCCUAUCUAGGUUCACUCAUAGCUCCAGGGAAUGUCACUUCAGCACCCGUCCAGACUUCAUUGGUGGUGACGUAUCAUCAAGACGUCGUCCCCAUCAAGCCGCAUCAGAGUUAUGUACCGUCUGACCUGUCAAUGUUGAGUUACCUUUCAACAACGAUUUUGAAAUUGCACUCCUUGUCGCAUAUUCUCGCACAGAAAGCUGCUCACGACCGAAGUCUUGCAGCACCCGUGUUCGGGCUUGAAGAACGACAGGAGGGGGUUAUUCUGGGCAGGAUCGACCAAACGAAAGGCCAGGAACGUGUCGACGGCAUUGUGAUUGAAAUGGAGCAUCGGCGAAAAAGCGGCCGCGGUGUUGUUGAAUGGUAUUUUGUGCCGCCCGCAAACCGAUAUUUGCCCCAAGAGGUAAAGGAGGUGGUCAUAUUGCUAGAGGAUCAUCCCCUUUACAGACGACCAGAGGACGAUGCCGUCUCUGCGGAGCAGGCCGAGCCUGGAUCUACGUUUGAAUUAAAGCUCACAGAGCGCCAACGCCGUGAUAGAGAAGGUGUCGUUCUACCAUAUUUUGAUGCCCAACAUGGCGACGGCCCUGGAGAGGGAGGCCGAAUCCUGUAUGAUAUGGGAGAAGAAGACGAUUUUGACGAGGAAGAAGACGAGAUUUGA